AUGCCGCCUUGGCGUCGUUGCCCACGGCUCCUGCCACGCCCGCCCUGGCACCAGUACAGGCGUGAGGCAGCCAGGCAGGAUCCUCGCGUGAUGCGGCCGGGGUCCGCUGGCCACCGUGCUCAACCCCAGCCGAGAUCUGCAGCGUCCUCCAUGAAGGAGCAUCUCAAGCCGGGUUGGAGGCGAGGAAGCGAGAGUCCUCUCCUGCAACACUUCCUGCAUGAGCCGUGCCAGGCUCCGCCCAUAGCCUACGCUUCCAGAGCUCUGAAAGCCGAGGAGGAAAGGGUCAUAUGCAACAUCCUGCCCUACCUGCUACCGUUUGCUUGCUGUUGCCGGUGUCCAUUGAGGCCAAUGCAACUAUGCAAGCAUCAAUGGACGCUUCUACAGAUGAUGCAGUCAAUAUGUUCGAUGGAAUGGACACAAGGUGGAGCCAUUGUUUUGAAGAUAAUCAAGGAAUGUUUGAAGCAAUUAACUAUGAUUAGUUCAACCUCAUGGUCUUGGAUGUGGUGCUACCGCUCACGCAUCGCCUUGCUGCAGCAGCUGCUGCCUCAUGCAGCGCCGUUUGCAAGCAGUGGGCUGGCGUUUGUAAGCAGCCAGCCAAUGAACAGGUUCGGAUGCAAUGUACUCUGA